AGCCGAGGAAACUAUGCACAGCACACAAGAGUCUCAACACGAGGAGGAACCAUUUGAUGAGCUUAUUCGAAAUUGGGCAUUAAAAACAUACCAAACACAUCAAGCUCUAAAUGGACUAAUAGAAAUUUUACGUAAAAAAACUAACUACCAGCUGCCGAAAGAUGCGCGCACGUUGCUUAAGACAAGGCAAUGUGGAAAAGAAACGUACCCUAUAGCAGGGGGAGAAUUUUGGUUCCCUGGGGUACGAUCGGUUCUCAAGGAUCACUUUCGCGAUGUGCCACCAAGAGUCAGCAAAUUUUCGUUGAACUUUUCGAUUGAUGGACUUCCACUGCACAAGAGCACUCGAAAACAGUUUUGGCCCAUAUCAAUGAGCAUUCAAGAAAUGCCGGAAGUUCCAGUAUUGAUGGUUGGCAACUUUUUUAGUGAAUCGAAACCAAAGAGUGUUGAGGAAUAUCUGCGUCCGCUUGUCGACGAGCUAAAUGGGUUGAUGGAUAAUGGCAUUGUAAUAGCCAAUAAGCCAAUCGAAAUACACGUAAGAGCUUUCAUCGCGGACUCACCAGCACGAGCAUUCAUAAAAGUUUACUUCAACCACACACAUGGUUGCCAAAAAUGUACGGUACAAGGAAAAUAUCACAGCGCACACCGAGUUACAUGUUUCCCGGGAAUGGAUCAUCCAGCAAGAACGCAUGAAGAUUUCGUCCAAUCAAAUUACGGAGCACAUCAUCGGGAAAAAACGCCUCUCAUGGAUCUUAAGAACUUUGACAUCAUAAAGCAGAUUAUUAUAGCAGAUCGUUUGCACCUCUUUGACUACGGCGUAACAAGAACAAUGCUGAAAGGAUGGAAAUCAGGCAAAUUAGGAGGGGGUGCCAAGUGGUCUGAAGAAACAAUAAGCAAGAUUGAUGCUUUGCUGAAGGAGGUGGAACUUCCUUUAGAGUUUCAUCGCAAACUCCGUUCUGUUGAAGACAUUGGAUUGUGGAAAGCUAGUGAGUUCCAAAUGUUUCUGCAUUAUCUUCUUAUCCCUUUGAAAGUAAGCUCCAGCAUGUCAAGAACUGUCUUCGAAACGGUCAUAAGGUUUUGGUGCAGGCUGCAAAUAGGAUAUCGGAGCAAAACCCACAUACUGCGUCAUCAAGUACAGCAAAUCUCUCUUUUCCAUUGUUGAAAACCAAAACUAAUGGAGUAGCAUUGCACAUUAAUCGACAAUUAAUUCUUUCUCCUGGUAUUCAGUCCAAUUGGUUUUUGACUCAUGAUAACUACAUAGUUAAAUAUUGUAGCGCAGAACAAAAAGAUUCAACUAUAAUAAUUAAUGGGAGAGCAUUCAAUUAUAUAACGGAAACCCACUCGUACUAUAUUUCACCUUUUAUGAAGGAUAUAUAUGAAGAAAAUAUAAGUAACCUUCGUACCGAUGAAAUGGUAUUUUUACCCAGGAAUAUAAAGUGUAAAUUAGUAGCUAAUAAAACUACUGAUAACUGCUUAGUGUUAGUACCCUUUCUCAGGACGUUAACCGAAUAAAACAUAACAAUAUAUAUAUACAUAUAUACAUAUAUAUAAAGGUAUAA